CGAAGAGUUGGUGCUGUCGGGCUUCGCUGCUGAUCGCGGCAUGUCGGGCUCCCGGCUUUGGAGACUGCGGGAGCGGUGGAGGGCGCUUGACGACCUGGCGGAGCACAGUGGGUUGGGUGGAGUGUAGACCCUCGGAGGCACGUCCCGCCCGGAGCGCUUCGCUGGGAACGACACAGUAACCAUCCGGACCCGGAAGUUCAUGACUAACCGACUACUGCAGAGGAAGCAGAUGGUCAUUGACGUGCUCCACCCUGGCAAGGCGACGGUGCCGAAGACAGAGAUUCGGGAAAAACUGGCCAAAAUGUACAAGACGACUCCCGACGUCAUCUUUGUGUUUGGAUUCAGAACUCAUUUUGGUGGUGGCAAGACAACAGGCUUUGGCAUGAUUUACGAUUCCUUGGAUUAUGCUAAGAAAAAUGAACCCAAACACAGACUUGCAAGACAUGGCCUGUAUGAGAAGAAAAAGACUUCAAGAAAGCAGCGAAAGGAGCGUAAGAACAGGAUGAAGAAGGUCAGGGGAACUGCCAAGGCCAACGUUGGUGCUGGCAAAAAGAAGGUAACGUGCUCUGCGAAGCUGUGUGGCAUCGUAGUGUGUCUACACACCAGUAGAGUAGUGUGGCCCUCCCCACUAGCUCUGAUUAGCGCAGCAUGGGGGCCGCAUUGGUGCAGUGAUCCUGGUGGGCGCUUGGCAGGCCCUGUCGGAGAGUCUCCCUUUCGCUGCUCAUUGGCAUGGACUGUUAGAGGGGAGCAGCUCUUGGUCCCUGGGAUUAAACUCCCCGGGUCCUGGCCUAAGGAACAGUUGGAUCAAUGUGGCCCAUGCUUGCCUGGCACGCUGUAGAGGCGUCGAGAUCCUAGCAUUGCUUUCCUCCAAUUAGUCCAGACCUAGAUGAUUUGGAUGAUAAGCAGCUUUGUACCAGCUUUGCUAGCUAGUUGUAAUAGUUGAAUUAAGGUGGUGGGUUGUUAAAUUAUCAAAUAAUCAAGUGUUCUGUGAAUUU